AUGAAAUUGGUAAUAUCACCCAAAUUCUUGACAAUUGGCUUCAUGUUAAUUUGUGCAGCUCAAGUCAUUGUUAGUAUGGAAGGUGAUCUUGUUAAACUUGCUCCUGGUGGAGAAUAUAAUGGUAUUACCUGGACUUAUGAAGAAGGUGGAAAAGGUGGAACAUUGUCUAAUCCCAGGGGCCAAAAAUUACAAAUACACGCAGCAGCACCUAAUAUGGCUCCAUUGACAACUUCUUCAAAACAACAGUACCUCCCACAUCAAUUUUUAGAUGAUGAAGAUAAGGGUAUUAUAUUUAGGAUUGGAACGAUUGGCAAUCAUCAAUAA